ACAGACAUUUUUCCUCAGGUGUAGAAUGAGCCAAGGAGACACAAACCCAGCAGCUAUUCCACAUGCAGCAGAAGAUAUUCAAGGAGAUGACAGAUGGAUGUCUCAGCACAACAGAUUUGUCCUGGACUGUAAAGACAAAGAACCUGAUGUACUAUUUGUGGGAGACUCCAUGGUGCAGUUAAUGCAGCAAUAUGAGAUAUGGCGAGAACUAUUUUCUCCACUUCACGCACUGAAUUUUGGAAUUGGGGGAGAUACAACAAGACAUGUUUUAUGGAGACUAAAGAAUGGAGAACUGGAGAAUAUUAAACCUAAGGUCAUUGUUGUCUGGGUAGGAACAAACAACCAUGAAAAUACAGCAGAAGAGGUAGCAGGUGGGAUCGAGGCCAUCGUACAACUUAUCAACACAAGGCAGCCACAGGCCAAAAUCAUUGUUUUGGGUUUGUUACCUCGAGGUGAGAAGCCCAACCCUUUGAGGCAAAAGAAUGCCAAGGUGAACCAACUUCUCAAGGUUUCCCUGCCGAAGCUUGCCAAUGUACAGCUCCUGGAUAUAGAUGGGGGCUUCGUGCACUCGGACGGUGCCAUCUCCUGCCACGACAUGUUUGAUUUUCUGCAUCUCACAGGAGGGGGCUACGCAAAGAUCUGCAAACCCCUCCAUGAACUGAUCAUGCAGUUGUUGGAGGAAACACCUGAGGAGAAACAAACCACCAUUGCCUGACUGGCUCCCAUCAGUGUUAAUAGCACCCCUGCUUCCUCAGAUCAGUUGUAUCACUGGCACUACAGAACCCUUCUCUUUCUUAAGGCACUUUGCAUUGUAGGAUGUUCCUGGAUGUUCUUAUCUAGUGUUUGAAGGGGAGGAGGGAUUUAAACUGGUCCUGUACAUAGAAGGUUUGUUUGACACAGGAGAAAAUGUAGCCAAGGAAGAUUGUUUAAAUUCAUUUGAAACCAGAGGGGACUUUUUAGUUGUAUGUGUGACACAUUCAUUGGAUUAUCACUGCUUUUUCUAGGACAACAUCAAGCUUAAGUAUGGAACAAUAUGAAGAUUCUUUUCUUGGCCUUUCUUUCUAUGGAUUAUGUCAUAUAUAGUAAUUAUCAGAAUCACACCUACUUGGCUUUAAAACAGAUUUUUUUUCAACUUUUAUGGUUCAUACUUCAGUCUUUUGUUUUUAUUUUGCUUUAUUCAUAUAAAUCCUCAAUAUUUUCCUAACAUGUAGCAUCAGAUUGAACUUGCUUGUCAUUCAAAUAUGGGAGAUGCUGUAGUUACAAGUGAGUUUGUUCCACUUUCUUAAUCUUUCUCAUGCUUAGCAAGUUUUGCCCCAUUUGGGGGACUCUGGAGGGUAUUAUUUUUAUGCUGCUGAAUAUCAUGUCUAUAAUAGACCCAUGCAUGCAGCCUUUCCUCCCCUUUCCUACUUUCUCUUUCUCUCUCUCUCUCUCUUUUUUUUUUUUUUUUUUGGUCCUGGUUGACAUUACCAGCUUUCAACACGAUUUUGACCUAGGAGCUCUUUUGCUGGAAAUAUAAGUCCCCAGCCAGUUACUCUCAUUAUAUGAAUAUAGAACUCAUUCUUGUGUGGUGUUCUGUGCUAUAGAGUCUGUGUCUUACUAUCCAUAUUCAGAGUUCUGGUUUAUUUGUUUUUCUCUUAAAACCUGUUGGAGUUUCCUUUUUUUGGAAAGAAUCCAUUCCAUAACACCUGACAUUAUUUCAAGUUUUAUAAUAUCUUAAGGUAAUAUUUUAUUUUUUUAUUGGCUUAGUUUUUAAAAUUAUAUCAGUCCAAAAAAUUUGGCCUUUUCCCAUGGGGAAACAAGUGAAGCUGCUCUUCAGAAUAGAUGUUCUACCCUCCCUUCACCAUUUUAGUAAAAUGGACUAGGUUUGUUUAACUUUUAAAGUUUCUCAUUAAUGUAUCUUCAUCUGAGAAUUUCUUUCAAGAGAGUGCUUUGUAAUAAUGUUUGCUUGAGCUAUCAAAACUGCCACUUAAAAAAAAUAAUAGUAUAAUAGAUGACUUAUUGUUCAGUAUGCCUGUGGAAUUUCAACAAACUGGAUCUACGAACAUAUUUUGAACUGGACCAGGUGGGUAUUGAAGUAACCCAUCAAAGUGUGCUCUGCAGUGAUUUUGCUUAAUGUUCAGAUUCAAUAAGUAAGGUGUACGUAUGUGUUCUUCUUGCAAGGCACAUGGCAGUGCUUUUGUGUGUUGGAGGAGGGGCUGCUGGUUUGUGCUAAGACCCACUGCUGAUUGAGAGGGAUAGAAGAACUUGGGCUGAUUUUUUUCUUGGCGAGCCUCUUUCUGGAAAUAUUUUUGUUUUUGCUUUUUUCAAAUACUUUUUUGAAUGUAUCAUGUCUUCAUUAACAGAAAAUACACAUGGUAUUUACUAAACUUGUUUACUAUAUUAAAAUUUCCUUUUUAUUUUUUAGUAGCCCAGGUUCUUGAGUUUUUCAAGACAGGUUUGUUCUUAGGUAAGGUAUAGUUGUAUAGGAAGGAGAAUUAAGCCAGAAUUGUGUGUGUGGAGAGACAGUUUCCUAGCCAGGUCUUUUUCUGUUUGUCAGAGGGUGGGAGUGUGGUCCAAGUUAACCUACUAGGUUACUCCUACAGCAUGCGCUUUUAGCUUCUCUCUUGAUGGAGGAUCAAAUGCUCUUUGCGAGUUGAGAUUCAGCUCCUUUGCUUAAUGUAUUAACCUCAGGUGUUACUACAUUUUAUAUCUACCAGAGCUAUUCAAGCAAUAGUAUUUGAACCACUAGCCUUUUACAUAAAAUUCUGCCCCAUUACUAAUGUGCAGAUACUGAGUUCAGUUGCAUUUCUUGCCAGAUUUCUUUGCACUGCUUUAGGCAAAAAGUGUUCAUCUAUUUUUCUUGAUUGAUAUCCCAGGUUGCUUCAGUGACAGAACUUACUGCUUAGUCUUUGUACUUUUUUUUCAAUCUAUAAAUUUAAUGCACUGUCCAAGUGAAAUGUCCUAGUUGUCAUUGUGAUUAAGGAGCCAACUUUCCAGGCAGCUAGCAGAGAUAUCAUUCUGUUCCUCUCCCAGCAAAUUGUAAUUCCUUCGCCAACACAUUCCUGCUACACUAGAUGGCAGCCUGUGAUGGAACUGUAAAGAUGACUGUGACCAUAUUUCGAAUAUGGCAAGUUGAAGAUGUACUGCCAAGGGUGAUCGAGGGCCGGUGGUUUUCCUGUUCACAUAUUCUAGAUUGCCAUAGGCAGUGCUCUGCCUACCACCUUGGGUCGAUUUGUACUGUUGAGGGCAUUGUCUAAUGAACCCUUUAUCAAAAUCUUUAACAUAACAAAACAAAUCUUGAGUAGCUCAUGCCCUGCUCUUAAGUAUACUGUCUCAUUGUUUUUUCAACUUUUUUUCUUAUUUUUUUUAACCUAGUCACUGUUUACAGUUGUAUACUAAAGCCUGAAAUUUUGUCUGUGCUGUGGUGUAUGAGCAUUGCCAAUUUUAUAUUUAUUGCAGUGAAGAAGAAACUAAAAAUAUAUGAAAACGAGGAGCAUGUCCAGGCUCCUAAAGCUGUGUGGGUGCAUGUGGGAGAAGUGAGUUGGGGCCUCUUGAAGGGAGUCUUAUUGGAGAGGGGUCUCCAGGCUUCUCCUUGGUGUUCCUACUUGGGGUCACUGCUGCUAGCUGACUGGACCUUCCCAGUGGAAGUUUGUGAUUCUGCUUUGGCAAAGUUCCAUUGACUAGUAGAACUCAUUCUGUUUUAGUGUAUAUUUCAAUAUAAAUGUAAACAUUUCGCUCAAA